CUGAUUAGACCGAGUGAACUCACAAAGAGGGGCCUUGGUUGGUUAGCAGUAACGAGUUUGUCAUCUCGCAGCGACUGGAUCAGCAAGGAAGACGUGCUGCUACAUCCGCCACACAGAACAUGGCGGACCCUGAUGGCCAGAAACAUCCAGCGCCCAUCCGCCCGCGAUUAAGUUUGUCUCCUGUUGGGCCCAGUGAUUCGUCUACGUCAUCAACCUGCGCUUUGAUAGUUCACUCUUUGAGACGGGAGCUGAGGCGCAGCCUGGUGAUGUGGACACGUGGGACACAUCCGUGCAGGGGGUAGAGGGAGCUGUGAGAGAACCUGGUGCCGCUGCCCAAUGGAAAUUAGACUAAACUUGCAGUAAUGGGCAGAAGCUAUUUUGUGGAAGAAGCUGUUGGACAGUAUCUUUCAGACUUCAGCACCAAGCCAAAGGCUUGUGUCACUGGCCUGUUGAUAGGGCAGUGUUCCCCACAAAGAGAUUAUGUGAUUCUGGCUAUUCGAACACCUCCAAGAGAAGAGCAAAAUGAAAGUAACAAAAAUUAUCAUCCAAAAUUGGCUGACAUUGAUGAAGAAUGGGUAACCGCACAUGCUAGUCAGUUGUCUAGAAUGCUCCCUGGAGGACUGCUAGUUCUUGGUGUAUUUAUUGUUGCAGCUCCAGAACUGGCAAAAGAUAUCCAAAAUGCUUUGCGCAAGCUAGUUUUUUCAGUAGAAAAGUCUAUAGUUAAAAAGAGGCUCUGGAAUUUUACUGAGGAGGAAGUCUCUGACAGAAUGGCUCUUCACGUUUGUUCUGCUACAAAGAAGAUACUUUGUCGAACCUAUGAUAUGCAAGAUCCAAAGAGUUUACCUAAGCCAGCAGACUGGAAGUACCAAAGUGGCCUGUCUGCCUUCUGGCUAUCUUUGGAGUGCACAAUUAAUGUUAAUAUCCACAUCCCACUUUCUGCUACAUCAGUCAGCUAUGAGCUAGAGAAAAAUACAAGGAAUGGAUUAACCCGGUGGGCAAAACAGAUAGAGGAAGGCGUUUUUCUGAUCAACGGGCAAGCUAAAGAAGAUGACACAGAGCUAUUGGAAGGGCAGAAAAAGUCUUCAAGAGGAAAUAUUCAACACAGUAUUCAACCCUUUGAUGUGAAGGUUCUGAUGCAAUUGUCCCAGAGUUCAGGCCAUCGAUCUGCAGCAAUGGUGCAAGUCUGCAGUGGUUCCAUUAAUCUUAAAGGUGCUGUGAAAUGCAGAGCUUACAUCCAUAAUAACAAGCCAAAAGUUAAAGAUGCUAUUCAGGCUUUGAAGAGGGAUAUAAUAAACACACUCUCUGAUCGUUGUGAAAUAUUGUUUGAAGAUCUGCUUAUAAAUGAGGCACCUGCCAAAAAAAAUUCUGAGAGAGAGUUUCAUGCCUUGCCUCACAGAGUGUUUGCCUCCAUUGCCGGAUCAAAUGUGAUGCUGUGUGAUUAUAAAUUUGGAGAUGAAACGGCUGGCGAAAUCCAAGAGCGUUUUUUUGAGAUGUUGGAUCAAGUUGUGCAUGGGGAAGCUAUACACAUAGCCGAGGAAAUAAACACAGUUGAUAUAAAUCCACCUGUCAACAACACAGAUGACACACAACAGAUACAAUUGACAAAAGCAACGCUGCUAUCGAAACUUCAACAAAACAUGGGUGUGGUAAUAGCAGCUGCAGUCGCAAUCUUUGCAGUAACCUUCUCCUUUAAUUACUUCAGUGACUAGGCUCCAAGCAAAAGAAGCAGUCUAAUCAUCAUGGGAACACUGACCAAUAUUCACAUUAAUACAAGGUGGAAGCUUCAAAGAUUUCAUAUGUUAGCAACUAAACAUGUUGCCUAAAAUACACCAGUUAGGUGUGUUCUAAUUGUAGUGAUAUAUUCAUGUUGUUUCAACAUGCAAAUACUGUAGGUGGAUCAGAUAUCCAGGAAACUGAAGGUAUAUAUCAUUGAUGGAAAUUGCCUGUAAAAUAGCAUUAUUUUCCAGGAAGAAUUCUUUCAAAAAAGAAAAAAAAACCAAACAUUUUCCCAGCUACUUGAUUACAAUUUCAUUGUUAAAAGCUUAACUGUAUUUUUCAAGAGACAUUUUCAAGGUUGUUGGAUCUUAACGUUUGCCCUUUUUUAAUUAUUCACUAUGACAGGUCUCUCCUUAAGGAAUCCUUUAACGCUGAUGUGGGCUAAAGUGCUGUUAAGUAUUUUAAAAAAAAAAAAAAAAAAAAGACAAGAAUUGAAACCCUGGCCCCAUUGCAAUCAAUUGGCUAAACCCUGAUUUCAGUGGCACCAGAAUUUCACUCCAUAUAUUCUUUUUGUUAAAGCAUGUGCAUCCAGUGGAGUAGCUAGGUGGAGCAAACAGGGGCAGCGGACAUAAAAAAAAGGUGCCACCCGCCUGUACUCAGCAUGUGGCGCUCCGGGUCCUCGGUGGCACUGAAGACCAAAAUGCUGCCAGGGACCCGGAGCGCGUGAAGGCCCCCGCCGAGGUGGAGCACUGCCGGGUGAUUAAAGUUAAAAAAGGCGCCUAUAAAUUAAAAAGGUGCCAUUUGUGCUCAGAAGGGGAACGGCUGCUCCUUCCCCCCCCCCCCCACCUAUGCACUGGGUGCAUCAGGUUGGUUAACUGAUGUAAUAAAUAUGCAAAUAGUUUGUAGCAGCCCCAAAAUCCCAUUUUAGGCCAACACACACUAUA